UCAAACUUACCCUAUACUUCCAACUCUCACCUGCUUCCCUUUAUCGUUCCAAUGUCACGAGCACUCGACAAGAGUCUCAAGGAAUCUCUCAAGCAUGGCGAUCAUCAUUCGGUAUUUCUAGAAAUCUCAAGUGUUCUUAUUGAGGCGGAAAAUGAGCUUCUGGAGAUUGAGUUGUUGGGUAAAGACCAUGUGCUGGAUACCAACUCAACAGUCUUACGAGAUGAGAAUGCAGUCGCCGUACCAAAGUUACGCCUCGUGCAGGCUUUUAUAGUGGCACAAAAGCUGCUUAAACAGACACAGGCUGACACACAACGAGUAUCUUCAGAAGAUAUUACAAGAUCAACAGCAGUUAUUCUGUUGAUGGACCCAGAACACUUGACUGCCGCCAACACCAGAAAGCGACUUAUCAAAAACACAGUGGGACAAGGAGAUGUAAAAGACCGACUAAACCUCGAGAAACAUCUGGUUGACAGUUUACUGACCAGUCGGCUUCAUCGGCAUACGAAAUCCCCAACACUAUGGAAUCAUCGGCGAUGGCUGAUGGAAGAAUUCCGUAUUCACAAUAUCAAUGUUCCAGUCGAGGAUGACCUCACAAGAAUCAUCAUGAUAUCUGGAGAAAGACACCCACGGAACUACUACGCCUGGUGUCACGCUAGAUACCUGACCAACACCUUUAUCAUGCCAUCGUCAAGUUCACAAGAAGGAAUAUCACGCAUGAUCAUCGCCACGCAAAAGUGGUGCUUUGCACAUCACAAUGAUAUAUCUGGCUGGCAGUUUCUCAUGUUCCUGCUGGACAAGCAGCCUGCCGAAACAUCGCCUGUGUUUCGCGAGACAUUGAAACUCGCAACCUCGUUCAAGUGGCGGAAUGAAUCUGUGUGGUACUUCCUUCGGCUUGUUGCUGCUCGGGGAGUUACAAACACUGACAGAGAGGAGUUUGAAAACCUGCGAAAGGCACUAUGGGAGACGGCUUCUGGAGAUGGUAUUGAGCAGAAGACGCUCGAAAGAGCAGAGCAGUGGCUCAUGGCUAGUCAAUGAUCGUGGAUGUGUUCGCAAAGAACUGGAGUUGAGGAUCCAGGCUGAAACUGAAACUCAUUCGUGGGUUGCCUCACGGGUGUCUUUCGGGUACAUGCGACUAUGAAACAUGGGAAUAGAUAUUGGAAAUAGAAACAAUACGGUCUCAACUGGAGCACAGACGUUUAAAACCGCUUAUAUGUAUUGUCACGAUUAUUAUCUAAAUGAAGAUCUGCCGU